GCCGGAUCGUUGCUGGCUUCUGGGCAGAGACCAGCCUGCAAGUUCUGUCUCUCCGGCUGUUGCGGGGCGGUGGCCACAGCCAGAGGCCUGCGGGGACCGCGGGGACGCUGAGCUGCAAAAGUGUCCUCCUGGCUGCAGUAGCACCGGGAGAGAGGAGGUGGGCGCCCGGUUCCCACGGUGUUGGAGUCACCGCCGGGCCCGCAGGUUUUGGCGCGACCGUCAUGGCGUCCCAGCCGAAUUCUUCUUCGAAGAAGAAAGAGGAGAAGGGCAAGAACAUUCAGGUGGUGGUGAGAUGCAGACCAUUUAAUUUGGCAGAGCGGAAAGCGAACGCCCACUCAGUAGUAGAAUGUGAUCAUGCGCGGAAAGAAGUUAGUGUGCGAACUGCAGGGCUGACUGACAAGUCCUCAAGGAAAACAUAUACUUUCGAUAUGGUGUUUGGAGCAUCUACAAAACAAAUUGACGUUUACCGAAGUGUUGUUUGUCCCAUUCUUGAUGAAGUUAUUAUGGGCUAUAAUUGCACCAUCUUUGCAUACGGUCAGACUGGCACUGGGAAAACUUUUACAAUGGAAGGUGAAAGGUCACCUAACGAAGCAUUCACCUGGGAGGAGGAUCCGUUAGCUGGUAUCAUUCCACGCACUCUUCAUCAAAUUUUUGAGAAACUUACUGAUAAUGGCACUGAAUUUUCAGUCAAAGUGUCCCUGUUGGAAAUCUAUAACGAGGAGCUUUUUGACCUCCUCAGCCCGUCCACGGACGUCUCUGAAAGGCUGCAGAUGUUUGAUGAUCCCCGGAACAAGAGAGGAGUGAUAAUCAAAGGCUUAGAGGAAAUUACAGUACAUAACAAAGAUGAAGUCUACCAAAUUCUAGAGAAAGGGGCAGCGAAAAGGACAACUGCAGCAACCUUGAUGAAUGCUUACUCUAGUCGUUCACACUCAGUUUUUUCUGUUACGAUACACAUGAAAGAAACUACAAUUGACGGAGAAGAGCUUGUUAAAAUUGGAAAGUUGAAUUUGGUUGAUCUUGCAGGAAGUGAAAAUAUUGGGCGUUCUGGAGCUGUUGACAAGAGGGCCAGGGAAGCUGGAAAUAUCAACCAAUCCCUGUUGACUUUAGGAAGAGUCAUUACUGCUCUUGUGGAAAGGACACCGCAUAUUCCUUAUCGAGAAUCCAAACUAACUAGAAUCCUGCAAGACUCUCUUGGGGGACGUACAAGAACGUCUAUAAUUGCAACCAUUUCCCCUGCAUCUCUCAAUCUUGAGGAAACUCUGAGUACAUUGGAAUACGCUCACAGAGCAAAGAACAUAAUGAACAAACCUGAAGUUAACCAGAAACUCACCAAAAAAGCUCUCAUUAAGGAAUAUACAGAAGAGAUAGAGCGUUUGAAGCGAGAUCUUGCUGCAGCCCGUGAGAAAAAUGGAGUGUACAUCUCUGAAGAAAAUUUUAGAGCUAUGAAUGGAAAAUUAACUGUUCAGGAAGAACAAAUUGUUGAGUUGGCUGAAAAAAUCGUUGUUCUUGAGGAGGAGCUCAGUAAGGUUACAGGGCUAUUUGUGGAUAGUAAAAAUGAACUGGACCAAUGUAGAUCUGACCUGCAAACCAAGACACAGGAACUUGAAACCACUCAGAAACAUCUGCAAGAAACAAAAUCACAACUUGUUAAAGAGGAAUAUGUCUCUUCAGCUUUGGCAAAAACUGAGGAGAAGCUUCAUGACACUGCCAGCAAGUUGCUUAAUACAGUUAAAGAAACCACUAGGGACGUGUCUGGUCUCCAUUCUAAACUCGACCGUAAGAGAGCCAUUGAGAAACACAAUGCUGACGCUCAGGAUAUUUUUGGCAAAAACCUCAACAGUCUGUUCAGUAAUAUGGAAGAAUUAAUUAAGGAUGGCAGUGCAAAACAAAAGGCCGUGCUAGAAGUUCAUAAGACACUGUUUGGUAACCUGAUGUCUUCUAGUGUCUCUGCAUUGGACACCAUUACCACGACAGCGCUUGAAUCUCUCACGUCUAUUCCAGAAAAUGUGUCAGCUCGUGUUUCUCAGAUUUCUGAUAUGCUAUUGGAAGAGCAGUCGUUGGCAGCCCAGAGUAAAACUGUGCUGCAAGGAUUGAUUAAUGAACUUGUGACUGACCUUCUCGCUUCCCUGAAGUCCAUCUUAGCCCCUAGUGUGGUUUCCAUCUUGAACAUCAAUAGGCAACUGCAACAUAUUUUCAAGACAUCAUUUACAGUGGCUGAAAAGAUAGAAGAUCAAAAAAGAGAAAUAGACAGUUUCCUCAGUGUAUUGUGUAACAAUCUACAUGAACUCCAAGAACAUACAAUUUCUUCCUUGGCUGAUUCGCAGAAGCUUUGUGGAGACCUAAAUGAAGACCUGAAGGCAAUAAAGGAAACUCAUUCUCAGGAACUUUGCCAGUUAAUCAACAGUUGGGCAGAGAGAUUCUGUGCUUUGGAGAAGAAGUGUGAAAACAUCCAGAAACCACUGAGCAGUAUUCAAGAAAAUACAGAGCGGAAGUCUAAAGAUAUAAUCAACAAAACAACAGGUCACAGUAAAAAAAUUAGUGCUGAUUCUGAUGGAUUAUUACAAGAACUCAUACACUUUCACCAAGAAGGCACACAGUUGGUGGAAGAGUCUGUAGGACAUUGCAGUUCACUCAGCAGCAACCUGGAAACUGUAUCUCAGAGGACCACGCAGAGUUGUAAGACCCUGCACACAAGCACAGUUAACUUUUCUGAUCAGUGGUCAUCCUGCUUAAGCAAGAGGAAGGAGGAACUUCAGAACUUAAUGGAGUUUGUAAAUGGAUGUUGCGAGGCUUCCAAGUCAGAGAUCACUGAAAAGCUCAGAGGACACACAGCCGCUGUUGAGAACCAGCAUGGUUCCUUUGUUAUUCAGAUAACUGCUGAUGAGGAAAAACUAAGAGCAGGAAGCGAAGAGCUUGAUGAAACCAUAAAAGCUGGCUUAACAAAGCUUAAUUGCUUCCUGCAACAGGAUCUGAAAUUAGAUACCCCAACAGGUUUGACACCAGAGAGGAAAAAUUAUUUAUAUCCAUCAACACUGGUGAGAACUGAGCCCCGGGAACAGCUCCUCGAUCAGCUGCAAAAGAAACAGCCCAAGCUGUUGGUGAUGGUGAACUGCUCAGAAGACAACAAAGAGAGCAGCCAGCCUGACAUGGAUGAAGAGGAGGCUCUGGAGGAGUGUCCUGUAGAAGUUUUAAGUGAGGAGAAAUCUGUACAGACCAGUGUGGACUGUCCUUCCAGUGGUGGUGUUCCAUUCUUCCAGCAUAAAAAAACACAUGGAAAAGACAAAGAAAACAGAGGUGCUAACCCAAUGGAAAAGUCUAAAGUGGAAGAGACCUCAGAGCACUCUGCGUCAAAGAGCAGGUUGCCACUUCGAGCCGCAAUAAAUCUCUAGUUAAUCAGAGAGUUAAAAAAAUAAAGCCUGAAACUCCACAAUUUGAAGCUGUGUACAGAUUAAAAUAGGAUCGAUCGCCUGUAUCAAGACAUCACAGUAAAUGUAGUUGAGUUGAAAGUCCUUUUCUGUCAUCCCUAUACUCCUA